UGAGGUUGUCCAAUGAGACUGCUCAGGGACGCAGUGUAAGCCUGGGUGCGAUGUUCCAUUAAACCAUGAGGUUUAAACAAUGCAGUGAAAUGCACGUCUUAUUAAGAGUCCAGAGCUGACCAAAGGCACAACCUUGCUCCUGAUUCUUUGUAUGAAGGACUAACAGAAGGACUAGCACAAUGCCUCUUUCAGAUUUCCUCGCUGCAUUAAAAGACAACCCUUACUUCGGGGCCGGUUUCGGUCUGGUUGGUGUCGGCACAACACUCGCCCUCUUCAGGAAGGGGGCUCAGAUAGGCAUGGUGUUCUUCAGGCGGAACUACAUGAUCACUCUGGAGGUUCCCAGCAGGGACAAGAGUUACAACUGGUUGCUGAGCUGGAUCACCAAACACGCCCAGCACACGCAGCAUCUGAGCGUGGAGACCUCGUACCUGCAGCAUGAAAGCGGGCGGGUCAACACACAGUUCGAUUUUCACCCGAGCCCUGGAAACCACAUCAUCUGGUAUGGAAGAAAGUGGAUUAGGGUGGAGAGGACCAGAGAGAAGCAGAUGGUGGAUUUGCACACGGGAACACCCUGGGAGUGCGUCACCUUCACAGCUCUUGGCAGAGACCGACAAAUAUUCUUUAACAUCCUGCAGGAAGCGAGAGAGCUGGCUCUGAAGCAGGAGGAGGGUCGCACCGUCAUGUACACCGCUAUGGGAGCCGAGUGGAGGCCGUUCGGCUUCCCCCGCCGACGCCGGCCCUUGUCCUCCGUUGUCCUCGAGAACGGGGUGGCUGAGAGGCUCGUGGAUGAUGUUAAAGAAUUCAUAAAUAAUCCCAAGUGGUACACAGACAGAGGGAUUCCGUACAGAAGAGGAUAUUUACUGUACGGACCUCCUGGCUGUGGGAAAAGCAGCUUCAUAACAGCUCUUGCUGGGGAUUUGGGUUACAGCAUCUGUCUGAUGAGUCUGAGUGACCGCAGUCUUUCUGAUGACCGGCUGAACCACCUCCUAAGUGUGGCUCCACAGCAGAGCAUCAUUCUGCUGGAGGAUGUGGACGCUGCCUUUGUCAGCCGUGAGCUUCUGCCCACUGAGAAUCCGAUGGCCUACCAGGGCAUGGGGAGACUCACCUUCAGUGGACUUCUUAAUGCACUGGAUGGAGUUGCUUCUUCAGAAGCUAGAAUCGUCUUCAUGACUACUAAUUAUAUCGACAGGCUUGACCCGGCUCUAAUCAGACCCGGCCGUGUGGACCUGAAGCAGUACGUCGGCCACUGUUCGCACUAUCAGCUCACCCAGAUGUUCAGGAGGUUCUACCCGCUGGAGUCUGCAGCAGAGGGGGAAAGAUUUGCAGCGAGCGCGUUAGCGGCGCACGAGGAUCUCAGCGCGGCUCAAGUGCAGGGACAUUUCAUGCUUUUUAAGAUGGACCCCGCUGGAGCUAUCAGUAAUGUUUCGGAAAUCAAGCAGUGACGCCUCUCGACUGUACAGGGGGACGUUUGUGUGACUGAAAACUUCAACGUAAACAAUAAAAUUCAUGAUUUGCCAUGAAAUGUCAAAUGAAGCUCUUGUUUACUUGUAUACAUGAAAAAAACAAGAUUUAAAAUUUAAAA